GCAGGGAGGGACGUGCUCACUGUGGGUGACACAGGGGAAAUGUUUGAGAGAGGGGCUCAUUAAAGACUGGGACGAAUUGGAGGGGAGGUCAGAAAGAGCAGGGCGUGCGCUGCCUGUUGGACUGACCGACCGCACGGACAGCGGGUGAGGGACCGGCCAGGCAGCACAGCGAUGGGGUUAUGGGCACGGCACAGCAAGUCAACAGCGCUGUGUGGUUGUGCAAAAGCAAACAGCGUGCUGGGAGGUAGGAGCGGGGAGAGGGAUGGGGGUGAAGCACGGUGCGAUGGUGGGGGGACGCUGCAGCGCUGGGACCCAUCAGCAGCUCUGUUCCCACCACGUGGCCAGGGACAGCCUCAGCACCCAGCAGUGCUGCCCCAGCAGACGGGGACCUGGGGCUGCCUCGGGGCUCUGCUGCUGGCAUUUCCUCAUUCCCACAGCCUGGCUGGCAUCCUAGGGAGGUUUGCGACAUCGCUGUUGUGGCUGAAGCGGUACAGACGGUUGGUUUAUUGCUUUUGCUGGUUCCUGGUUUGCACUGGUGGGGAGCUAGCUCUGUCUGCUUUGGAAGGAGAAAACGGAAAAGAGGUAGCAAGCCUGUUUUCCCCUUCUUCCCUCAUCUGUGAGCUAUUCGCAGGGCAGACUCGUUAUUUCCAGUCAGCCUGGACAAGACUGGGAGAACUCCUGGAGUGUGAGCAGAGCUGAGAUUGACUGGCUUUGGAUAAGCCUUUUUCUUACUUAAAUCUGUGCCAAUCUCAGCAGGUACAUGGUACUGGCUGUGCUCUUUGGAGGGCCUCUCUGGGUACGGCAGACUUACGUGCUUUAUUUCCCCUGGAAACAAAACAGCUGUAGCCAAGACAUGAGUAUUUUGUAUGCACAGCAAGACCUGAGCAGAGACUUCAGGUGCUGAAUGCAUCUCUCCAGCUGCGACUUCUUGGUGCGUCAACUCCAUGGAGAGCACCAGGCUCUGCAAACAGGAGCUGCAGGGCAUCAGCAUCGUGGCCAGCACAGGAGAACUGAAGCAGAGCCCGUGCCAUGCCUCCAUAGGGACAACCUCGCUCAGGGUUUACAUGCCGAGCACCAACAGCGAGUUACGGGAACCACGAGGCUGUAGUCCUCUGCCCAGAAUAACUGACAGGGUCCUGUAAAGGUGGUCUCGUUGUUAAACAAGUGGUCAGGGAUAUCUGGGUCUUCCCAGGCAAACUUGCUGGAGCCCCGUUAUCGCUGGUAUCUCAGUCCCUGUGUCUGUGGAAGGAGGAUAACGAUGGCACCAGCUUCCCAGAUAAUGCAGUGGGACAUUAUCUGAGUGCAGAUUGACGGCGCGGGGAGUGCGGCCACACCUGGAGGGGCUCCUGCAGCAGCUCAGCCCGGAACGGCCGUCCUGCUGGAAACCACUCCGAAAGCUGUGUUUGCCUGGCACCCAGCCUAAGCUAACAGCCUGCCAAGCCUCAGGAUGUCUGGAGGAGACAUGGCCAAACCCCUCCUUGGCCACAGGAGCACGGAGGGUGACCCCAGCGUGGUGCCUGCAGCUGGCCGCACCAUCGGCGUGCUGGGGAGUGGGGACUUUGCACGCUCGUUGGCCAUCCGCCUGGUGUGCUCCGGCUUCAAGGUGGUGGUGGGCAGCCGCAACCCAAAGCGCAAAGCCUGCCUCUUCCCUCCUGCAGCAGAGGUCACCUUCCAGGCGGAGGCGGUGAAGAAGACGGAUGUCAUUUUUGUGGCGGUUUUCAGGGAACAUUACUCCACGCUCUGUGACCUGGCUGAUGUGCUGGCAGGCAAGAUCCUGGUGGAUGUCAGUAACAACACCGAGAUCAACCACCACAAAGAAUCCAACGCUGAAUACUUGGCCUCCCUGUUUCCAGCCUGCACUGUGGUCAAGGGCUUCAACGUGGUUUCUGCGUGGACGCUGCAGUCUGGUGCCAGGGAUGGCAAUAAGCAGGUUCUGAUCUGCUCCAAUAGCCAAGAAGCCAAGCGUACUGUUGCAGAAAUUGCUCAGGUCAUGGGAUUCACCCCUGUGGACAUGGGCUGCAUGUCCUCAGCCCGUGAGAUCGAGAACAUUCCCCUGCGCCUCUUGCCAGCCUGGAAAAUCCCCAUCUUUUUGGCUCUGGGGCUCUUUCUUUGCUUUUUCACUUACAACCUGGUGCGGCAGGUCAUCCACCCUUACAUCAGGGAGCAGAAGAAUAAGUUUUAUAAGAUCCCCGUAGAGGUGGUCAACACUACCCUGCCGUGCGUGGCCUACGUCAUGCUGUCUCUCGUCUACCUGCCCGGCGUGCUGGCAGCCUGCUUGCAGCUCUACUACGGCACCAAAUACAGGCGCUUUCCGGACUGGCUCGAUCAGUGGCUGCAGCACAGAAAGCAGAUCGGCCUCCUCAGCUUCUUCUGCGCAGCCCUGCACGCUGUGUACAGCCUGUGCCUGCCCAUGCGCCGCUCCCACCGCUACCAGCUGAUUGAGACGGCCGUCAAGCAGGCUAUGGAGAAGAAGAUGACUAUCUGGGUAGAGGAGGAAGUCUGGAGGAUGGAGAUUUAUAUCUCUGUUGGAAUUAUUGCCCUGGGCUUGCUGUCGUUACUUGCCAUCACCUCACUUCCAUCCAUCGCAAACUCUCUCAACUGGAGGGAAUUCAGUUUCAUCCAGUCUACCCUGGGAUUUAUUGCCUUGGUCAUCAGCACCCUGCACACCCUCACAUACGGCUGGUCGAGGGCCUUCGAUGAGAACCAAUACAAGUUCUACCUGCCUCCCACCUACACCCUCACGCUGCUCGUCCCAUGCACUGUGAUCCUAGCAAAAGUCGCCUUCAGUUUGCCCUGCAUCCAGCACAGACUCCUUCGAAUCAGGAGGGGCUGGGAGAAGGGGAGAAGCACAGAUUUUCUGGGCUUUUUGACAGCAAAGACAUCCUGCUUCUUGAGCGUCUGGAUCAACCUAAGCACUGAGCUUUAGAAACACAACUUGUCCCUGGCUUUGGUCUCCUUAAUGAAGCAGCCAUGUAAGCAGAACAAUAUCCCUGUUAUGUAGUGUCCGUACGUCUUAGUAAAGGUAUCCAAACCUGACAACAAAUCCAAGUAUCUGCUUUCUCAAAUACAGACAGCAGUUCUGGUCCAGUAGGCUAUACCUGGUGCACGUUUAUAGGCUGCAAAAAUAAACCACCGUUGCUACCAGUGUGAAAGCAUUUGAAGAGAGGGAUGUCCCUCACACCCACGCUCCCCAUCUGCACUGCUGUCUCUGAGAUGACAACUACCGCUGCUAUAUGUUCUGUUUUACUAAAUCCAUUUCAGGCAGUAUUUGAUGGAAAUAAAGUGAAGAAGAAAAAUGUGCCGCUUCCCAAAGUGUCAUGGAGAAAACCAAAGCCCUGCAUCAAAUAAUAGUUUGAAGCUCUUAGAAAUCAUUGUCACCUGAACACGUGUGCUUAGACAACAGAACAGCAGCUCUAAAACUACUGGCUUCACCAGCAGUGAUAAGGUCUUUGAACUGUCUUGCAAAGGGACCGGUGAGUCUUGACCACAGCAUGAGAAUGCACUCAUUCUCAUGCCCAUGAGAAUGCCAUGCACCUUAAGAAGUCACUUACUAGACCACAAAGCACGUAUCAAAUGCUUUUCUUCUGACUUCACACACACUUUGAAUGAGGUCCAGGGCAAGAAUUCUGCCCUACUUUCCUUUGCUGUCUUUCACUUUCUAUUCCUUCAAGCUCUUGCUCUUUAUCAGAAUAAUUCUUUGGGUUUUGGAGAUCCAAGUCAUCCAUAUAAAGGAUGGACAGCCAUUCUCAAAAGCUCAUUUAAAAGCAAGCAAUUGGGAUGACACAAGAAGACUACCUCAGCAAGACCAGACACAAGGACAUGGGUGGGAUAGCCUAUUUUCCUUGCAGUUAAGUAAAAGGCACCACUCAGUGUUCUGCUUUGCUUUGAAAAAUGUCAUCAAAUGAGGUGUUGGUUGUGGGACCAGAAAGCAUCUUUUAAAAGACCAGUUAAUACAAAUGGGAAAACAGGGAUCAACUUUGGGGUGCAUAAGCUUUUCUACGAGCCAAUACUGCUCUUGUAAACUGGAUGAUUUGUUGGCAGAGGAACUUGAAAAUUCCCUAUUUAGCCUUAAAUGAUAACAGUGAGUAAUACUCUCCAAGUACUGCUCAAGCUGCCAGUAAUGACAUCGAGGGGUUUUACGUUUUGCAUAAGGCUUACAGUAAGGUCUGCAACCACCACCUCUUUUCACUAAGCAAAAGGAAAUCGACAUUGAGGGAAAUGCCAAGUUUGCAUAAUCAGCUGAUUUUUUUAUUAUUAUUAUUUUUGGCAACACAGGGAAGGGACGCUGUGAAAGUGUCCCUUUCCAAAAGCUGCUGUUAUUCAGGUUUCCCCAUCCACCCCUGCAGCCUCACCCAGAUCAGCACCUCAUCGAAUCACUCACCAAGCAGAUUGAUUGUACAGCACUAUUUAGUUGUGGAUGAAUGGUAGGCUAAGUUUCCACAUGGAUUUGAUGCACUUCCACAUGAGUAUAGUUCCACCCACUCCAACAUAACUCAUGCUUGAGGGAAAAUUGGAUUCAGCAAGCUUCUCUUCUGUUUCAUCAUCAAGCAAAGUCAACAUAAAAGCACAAGUUUGCACAUUUUAUGUUUACAAUAAAGUGUUCCAAUGUCUUUUUUUAAAAAAAAAAGCUAAGCUGCUUUUCACAUCCUUAGGUCAGGCAAGACAACUGCCUGUUGGCCAAACAUAGAACAGGAAGGAACAAGCAUUACACAGGCUUGCAGGCUUUGUAUUCAAGGGGGAAGGUGUGGUUUUAUUGCGGGAUGCUUCAAGGCUAAAGACUCACCAUUUUGCCCUGCAGAACAAGGGUUGCACUUUAGCUUUACAUACACAACUUUCACACCCACGUGUCCUUCCUAUUGAUGGCAAAGGGACGGUUUUCACAAGCAGAAGUGGAGCUGGGCACUGGAUAUACUCACGAAGCAGCACGGUUCUUUCCAGUUUGAUGCCAACCUGUGACAGAUGAGCCAACUCAACAUCCCCACAGCUCCAUGGCACCUAUAAAAAGAUCCAUCCCACUGCUCCAGGUAACGCCUGCGCCAGCCAGUCACUGUAUCUUUUGAAGACUGAAACCAAUUCCUCUUGUGAUUCAGUGAGGCUAGCUUAAAACUUCUCAGUGAAUUGUUUUUAUACUUAGAAAUGCUCUGCAUAUAUGCACACACACAAACAUAUAUAUUGUUGCAGAGUAUGUGGCUGGAAUGUAAAUUCUUAUAUUUUUAUUUUCUGUACUGCCUACAAUGUGCCUCUGUGAUUUGUAAGAACCAACUGAAGAGCUGUAAGGCCAGUUGUACUGGUCUCUAUAGUUACAUAAAAGAUAUUCUGAACAAGUCUAUAAAA